CGUGAUUCUAGCUCGCUAGUUGUGCCAAGAUAUAACAACAACCUAACCUAACCGAAUGAAUCAUCUUCGUUUUGUAGUUGCUCUAUACGAAUAGUUUUACGUAAUCCGCUAAGAGAAAUAGAAAAGUCGCAUCGAUGUUGAUGCCGCGGUAUUCCGAGCAGGAAAGCCACAGCGAGAAGACUUUUGGUGGUAAGCACGGCCACGCCUCCACCACAGUGGCCGCCCAUACGAAAAUGCGUUUGAUUAGCAAAGUGGAACACAAUAUGCGCCAGCAGCAGCAGCAAAAGCAACAAAAUCAAAAUCAAGGCCAAAUUCAAGGCCAGAAUCAAAGCCAAAAUCAAGGCCAGAAUCAAAGCAUCAACAAGCUAAUCAAUACAGCUGCCACAGGCAAUGGUCUGGUGGGCGAUGUGGAUGAGCUAUUGAUGCCAAUGCGUAUCAAGAGCGAUACCAUGUCCAAUGGCAGUGGCAGUGGCAGUGGCAGUGGUAGUGGCAGUGGCAAUGGCGGCAAGGAGUCGAGCUCGAGACCGGAGCGCAACCUGUGGAGCCGUGCUGAAAUGCUCGAGAUGCUGAACAUAAUGCAACAAAUGAACGCCUUGGAGCAGCUCAACGAUCGGAAUGUGAAGAGCGAGCACGUUUUCCGUCAGAUCGAAGAGGUGAUGCGCAGCAAGGGCUAUGUUAAGAAGUCAAGCAUACAGAUCUGGACCAAAUGGAAAUUCCUCAAGUCCACAUACAACACAACAACGCGGCACGGCAAUGGCAUACCCAAGGUCGUUCCAGAGGAGGUGUACCGCGUACUUUGCCGCAUGCUGCGCGAGCAUGCGAGUGCGAAUAGCAUUGGCAGUGGCAUAAGCAGUGAAUGUGGCAACUCCAGGGACAGCUCCAAUGCGGAGCUGGCCAAGACAAUGCCCAACGAUGACGAGGUCAAGGAGGAGCUGGGCGUGGAGCAUCCCAUAUUUGGAUUUCGUUUGGGUCUAAUCAAGCCGGAACCCCUGGAUACGGGUUACGAGACGAUGCCAAACCAUCCCAACUCGAGUGAGGAGCUUAAAAGCGCGGACUUUUUACAAAUGCAUGACCAGACGCAGGCGCUGGAGCACAUGCCUUUCACGGUCAAUGUGAAGCACGAGCCUGAAAUGGAUUUGGGCAUGGAUAGCACAAAUACGCCGCCGCCAACGGCGCCGACGUCGCCCUCGCCACCGCCAAGUAGCGUAGAACCACGAGACCUGGACGAUUUGUCAGCAAGCAAAUCACAGUCGCUGUCCCUGCCGCCGCUGCGCGUUGCCGCGUUUGCAAAUGACACACAGCCAAUUGUCACAUCCACUCCCACGCAUGGUAUACUUCAGAUUGAACGACCUGUCGGUCCGCUUGCCAAGCCGGCCGUGAGCGGUGGCCCCGGCCGGGGCAAUCGCAGCGUGCCGUUGCAUAGCACCAGUAGCAUUAACUUCGUGCAUCCCACCACCAAAUUGAUGCUGCCCCGCAAGCAGCCACCGCUGCGAAUUCCCCGAGAGAUCAGUGUGCAGCCGGCAAAUUUACGACCGCUGAGACCUGCACCUGCGCCUGCGCGCGAUACGGGAUAUUUGCUGCGUCCGGAUCGUAUGAGCUCUGAUCUGGCACAGUCCAUAUCGCCGCCACAGUCGCCUUCGCCGCCCAUGCACAUCCAGCCUGUGUCGAAAUAUUCCAUGCCAUAUGCCUCAACCAGCAGGCAGGCGCAGUUGCUCAGCGAACAGCAGCAGCAGCAGCAGCAGCAGCAGCAGCAGCCUCGAAAGCGGCGUCUUCAAUUCGCUCAGCAGCCCCCGCCUGUGCCCGUUAAGCUGCAGCGCAGCUCCACGCUCUUCGAAAACAACAAACAGCAAAGCAACAUCCGCAAUGAGGAUGCAUCCGCGGCGGAGGAGCAGAAGAGUCAAAACCUAGCUGAGCAGGCGAAACGCCGCAAAGAGCAACAGGAGGAGGACUUCAAGAAGGAGCUUAGCAAGGUGGCCAAUGCCAUGCUGGUGGCCCAGAAAGAGAUGCUGCAAAAUUUUUUCCAGCAGCAAAAACUGUUUGCACGUCGCGAACAUGAAUUCCAGCUGAAGCAGGAUAAUUUGGUGAUGAGUGCGCUGCGCAAACAAACGGAUACGCUGCUUCGGACGGCCAAGAACCUAAUGCGGUCUGAGCAGGAGGAGGUGGUAAAAUGUACAAAGUCCGAUAAAGUUCAGGAUCAGCAGCAACAGGUAGAACCGGAAUUCACGUCGAACAGCUGCCUAUUGCUGAAGCCAGAUAAGGAGCUACAGGAGGAUUGCUAG